UAAAGUCAGUCGUAAAAUUUUUUUAGUACGCCACGGAAACGAUCGUUUUACGAGAGGAUUUUUGCUGGAUUGAAGACAUUAUUGCUUGAAGUUUGAUUGCCGAUCGAUUUACAGUCUUGUUGAUUUUAAGAUAUAUACACAGUGAUGGAGGAAGACACGAUGAGCAGUAGAUUGCCCAAGUUUCUUGAGCCCGAGGCGAAGUUGGGAAUGGGAAGGUUUGCUGACACAUUGUCCCAGAGAUCUCUGAGCACCAGUACACCCUGUGUGCAAAGGUCUGCUUCAGCCAGGACGGUCGAGUACGACAGUGGUUAUGCGGAAUCGCUGGUCGAUUCAAUAUGCUUCAGUGAAAAUGCCACAAGCAGUCCAAACUUCACAGACUCAACAUUUGACCUGCAGGGAGCUACUGCAUCAAUUAAUUGUUCUGACCAGGUGUUGGAUUUCAAGCCCUGUCGCAGAGAAAGAGCAUCGAGUGUGUCAAAAACCAUCCCGAAGCUUAACAUCAAUUUCUACUCAGACUCUAUGAAAAUCCCGCAUGAUUCGGAAAUGGAUGAUGAAUCUAUGACAUCGCCGACAGACUGUUCCGCUCUCCACAGCAACUUUGACACUGACCCUAAACUGCCCGUGUGUGAUCAUACGAACAUCGAUAGUCCGAAUGUUGUUGAUUCAAACAUAGCUGCUCGUCUCACUGAAGUUUUGAAACAUUUCUCUCCGAAAGAGCAGGGCCGAGUGAUCGGCAGAAAAAUGCUGUUAGACCACGUGGAUAUUAUCAAAGAAUUGGACUCAAGGAACCUGAGUUCUACCUGUAUUUCUGUGAUAUUAGGACACCUGGAACCUGAAGAUCUUUGCAGAAUCUGUGAAGUGACAAAGGCCUGGAGAAAAGUGUGCCUUAGUGACCCGGUGGCAAACGCACGCAGACUGAAGUACUUGCGACGACUGAAAACAUCUGCUAAAGGUGGAAAAGAAAAUUCAGGCUCGAUCAAAAGUCAGAGAAGCCGAGGACUGACAAAGACACGUAGUCAUCCAUUCCAUCAGAUGCAGCUAGUAGCGGCUAAUCAGCAAGAAGACGUGUCUCCCGCACAGAUGGUCAUGCCAACUUGGAGCAGGAAGUGGGAACUCUAUGGAAAGGCUGCCAAAACAUUGCGCAAUGAUGAGUCACUGAGGUCGUGCAGAAAAUGCAGUCAUCCGUCCAAAGUGUCCCCAAGCCAAGAUCGCGCGAAAUGUCAGAAUCCCUUGUGCGCUUUUGACUUUUGCGUCAGUUGUUUUUCGGAUUUCCACGGAUCCAGCCCGUGUGUUCCUGUGGCUUCCAGGAAAGCAAAGACUGAAAUCGUCGGCAGCAAGAAAAGCAAGAAAAAUCUUCGUCGACUGGGCCGGUGACAGCUUCUGCUGGUUAUGUGCGUGUGU